CUGAGUAUAUGCUAGAGACACCAGUUAUUUGGUAUUUUAAUAAUAUUUUAUACUGUACUAUGAAAAUGCAUUGGACAAAUCUUAGACAAACAUUCCUUGGACAGAUUUUUUUUUUCCUUUUUGAGCAGGAGGCAGGGAAGAUAAAUAUUUUAAUCUCUAGGUUUCUGGAAUGGAAAAAUGAAGACCAGACAAAAAAACAGGAUGUUUUGAGGCAAGAGUAAAGCUUUGAAUUUGGGAUCUUGAAGUAUACAAGGUAAGCUUUGAAGUUAAACAUGUUUGCUAAGAUUUUUUUUAAAUGCUGUUUCAACUAAAAAGUAAAUAUCCACCUCAUAUCUGACUUCUAAAAAUUAUCUACAAAAUGACUAAUAAGACUUUGGCCUUUAACCCAUCUUUCUAUGGCAUAAGCCUAAAAUUUGUUUCCAACAACCAAAGCCUGUGGCCCUUAUAACAGAAUUUUCUUCUGUUUAUAAGCUUAGUGCAGAAACGUCUUUAGUGGAGGAUAGCAACCAUGUAUUCAAUAAAUGAUGGUUGAUUGAUGACAAAGCUCUCUGACUUGGAACAUAAUUCUGGCUCUGCCAGUAUAUUUUUUGUGUAACCUUAGAUAAGUCAUUGUACUUUUCUCUUAAUUUCCCCUUUUCACAGGGCGAUAAUCAUAAAAAUGAUUGUAAACUACUUCGUGAAGAGCUUUUUGUUUAAAGGGCUGCCAAUAAAUACGAGCCACAAGGUUCAGCAAAUCUCCCUCAGAAGCUGAGCUCCUUGAGGGACAGGGAAAUUUCUUCUUUGAUUCAACAGUAUUAUAUUUGUAAUACAGUUCCUGGCCUAUAGGAUGGUUUCAAUACAUACUGUAUGUAAAUUUAUGAAUGUUAUUAGGCAGAUUGCAGUCUUGGCAGGCCACUGUCUCUUAAAUAUCUUUUCUGUGAUUCUUUUCACAUUCAGCAUCUAAAAGUCCGCACUAUUUGCUCUAGGAUAAGUACCCAAGGCAUUUACUUAAAAAUAACCAAGUCUAGAGGGAUAACUUUUGUCCUUAGGUCACCAUUUCGCUUUUCCACGGCACUGCGCCCUAGGCUUGGGAUCUGGGUCCGGACGCACAGGGAAGAGUUCGGUACGGGAAGCUCAUCCUCUCGCCCUCUGAUUGGUCUGCUCGCACUCCACUCACGCAAUUCGCGUCCCUGAUUGGCCAUCAUGGCACCCCUUAGCCGGCGACUACUUUGUGUGCGGGGGCAGCGCGCUCCGGUCCUGCGUCUCAGCUCGCGAUCUGGGCUGGUGUGGGUUAGUUCUGCGGCUCACUGCUCUGCAUCGCGGGCGCCAGGAAUUUCCCGAGUCCGAGCGGGUCGCUGCUUUUGCUAAGAGAGCACCCAUGACUGAUGAUGUUUUCGUUCAAGAUAAAGUGCUCUAUUGCCUUUUUCAUUAACUGAACACAAGUCAGUUGAUAAUUUCAGUGACCCAGAUUCAAGCAAUCAUAUCUUUCUUUGGAAAUACCAUGUGGUUUCGUCAGCUUCUCAGGUUCUAGGGGAAGGAAGCAUGUAGAGUCCAUGAAGCACAGGACAAUAGAGCUUCCUACUUACACCAUCAGGAGGAUCUCUUUGAAAGAUUCAUCACAGGACUACCAGAGACAGUAAUCUGUGGGAAGCAUCAUGCGUUGAAACAACAGAAGGCUACUACUACCUUUGCACUAACAGGAAAUAGAGUUAAGAUGUUUUCAAUUCUUUGAGCUCCAGGACGCCAGGGGAGUGAGUUGAAAAUCUGAAAAUGCGGCCAUGGACUGGUUCCUGGCGUUGGAUUAUGCUCAUUCUUUUUGCCUGGGGAACCUUGCUGUUUUAUAUAGGUGGUCAUUUGGUACGAGAUAAUGAUCACCCUGAUCACUCUAGCCGAGAACUGUCCAAGAUCCUGGCAAAGCUUGAACGCUUAAAACAGCAAAAUGAAGACUUGAGGCGAAUGGCUGAAUCUCUCCGGAUACCAGAAGGCCCCAUUGAUCAGGGGCCAGCUUCUGGAAGGGUUCGUGCUUUAGAAGAGCAGCUUGUGAAGGCCAAAGAACAGAUUGAAAAUUAUAAGAAACAAACUAGAAAUGGUCUGGGGAAGGAUCAUGAAAUCCUAAGAAGGAGGAUUGAAAAUGGAGCUAAAGAGCUCUGGUUUUUUCUACAAAGUGAAUUGAAGAAAUUAAAGAAUUUAGAAGGAAAUGAACUCCAAAGACAUGUAGAUGAAUUUCUGUCAGAUUUGGGACAUCAUGAAAGGUCUAUAAUGACAGAUCUACACUACCUCAAACAAACAGAUGGAGCAGGUGAUUGGCGGGAAAAAGAGGCCAAAGAUCUGACAGACCUGGUCCAGCGAAGAAUAACGUAUCUUCAGAAUCCCAAGGACUGCAGCAAAGCCAAGAAGCUAGUGUGUAAUAUCAAUAAAGGCUGUGGCUAUGGCUGUCAACUCCAUCAUGUGGUCUACUGCUUCAUGAUCGCAUAUGGCACCCAGCGAACACUUAUCUUGGAAUCUCAGAAUUGGCGCUAUGCUACUGGUGGAUGGGAAACUGUCUUUAGACCUGUAAGUGAGACCUGCACAGACAGAUCUGGCAUCUCCACUGGACACUGGUCAGGUGAAAUAAAAGACAAAAAUGUUCAGGUGGUCGAGCUUCCCAUUGUAGACAGCCUUCAUCCUCGUCCUCCUUAUUUACCGCUGGCUGUACCGGAAGACCUUGCAGACCGUCUUGUUCGAGUGCAUGGUGAUCCUGCAGUGUGGUGGGUGUCUCAGUUCGUCAAAUACUUGAUCCGCCCACAACCCUGGCUGGAAAAGGAGAUAGAAGAGGCCACCAAGAAGCUUGGCUUCAAACAUCCAGUGAUUGGAGUCCACGUCAGACGUACAGACAAAGUGGGGACAGAAGCAGCCUUCCAUCCCAUCGAGGAGUACAUGGUACAUGUUGAAGAACAUUUUCAGCUUCUUGCUCGCAGGAUGCAAGUGGAUAAAAAGAGAGUGUAUUUGGCCACAGAUGACCCUUCCUUAUUAAAGGAGGCAAAAACAAAGUACCCCAGUUAUGAAUUUAUUAGUGAUAAUUCUAUCUCUUGGUCAGCUGGAUUACACAAUCGAUACACAGAAAAUUCACUUCGGGGUGUGAUUCUGGAUAUACACUUUCUGUCCCAGGCAGACUUCUUAGUGUGUACUUUUUCAUCCCAGGUCUGUCGAGUUGCUUAUGAAAUCAUGCAAACACUGCAUCCUGAUGCUUCUGCAAACUUCCAUUCUUUGGACGACAUCUACUAUUUUGGGGGCCAAAACGCCCACAACCAGAUUGCCAUUUAUCCUCACCAACCUCGAACUGCAGAUGAAAUCCCCAUGGAACCUGGAGAUAUAAUUGGUGUGGCUGGAAAUCAUUGGGAUGGCUAUUCUAAAGGUGUCAACAGAAAACUGGGAAGGACGGGCCUGUAUCCCUCCUACAAAGUCCGAGAGAAGAUAGAAACAGUCAAGUAUCCCACAUAUCCUGAAGCCGAGAAAUAAAGCUUAAGAUGGAAGAGAAAGACAACCAAACUCAGUUCAAAUCAUUUGAGCCAAGUAGUAAAUGAAGAGGGCCCUGACCUAACAACACAUGGUUACAUGAGUAGAUAUCUGCAGAGCAACUGAGGGCUGACAGAUGCUUCAUUGGUGGGAUUCCUCUUGAACAAGGGCUACAAUGCCCCCAAACCCAUGCACAGUGCAAUGAUGUACUCACAUAUAACAUGCAAACAGGUUGUUUUCUACUUCGCCUCUUCUUUCAAGAUUAUGUCCCCAUGAAACAAACACUGCCACAUUGUGUAAUUUAAGUGACACAGACAUUUUGUGUGAGACUUCAAACAUGGUGCCUAUAUCUGAGAGACCUGUGUGACUCAGUGAGAUCUGAAAAGCUCCCUACUAUGGGGAGGUUGAUUCUUCACCAGUGGUGGUAUUGUAACCACUGAAUUCACUCCAAUCAGCAGAUUCAGAAUUGAGACUGGAUGUUUUUGUCUGGAAUUUUUUUUUUUUAAGUAAUUGCAUCAGUUCAUUCACUUCAUCAUUAAUAAGUGAAGGAUACAUCAAAAUGAUGUAUCCGUUAGGAACUUUUGUAAAACAAUGCCAUGAACAGAUUCUUUAGUACUCAAUGUUCCUGGACAUUCUCUUUGAUAACAAAAAAUAAAUUUUAAAAAAAGGAAUUUUGUAAAGUUUCUAGAAUUUUACAUAUUGAAUGAUUUGGUGGUCAGCUUUCUAGUGGUAAAAGUAUGAUAAAAAGAGGAGUUUUAUAGUUUUUCUGCUUUACUUUAUUUUUUUUCUUCUUCUGAUCACUGACCAAGUCUUAGCUCAAAGAGUCAUUGCUUCAUUUUAAGACUGAAAACUGAAUUUAGUUGGUGCACAUUGCAGAGUUGCUAAGAGCACUCUUUGGGAGCUUUUAUUGUUGUAUUUUGGACAUUGUUUCUUUCUUUUAAUUGAAUUAAAUAAUCAUACUCCUUG